AUGGGUUCCGUACCCACUUUUAAUUCCGCAUCGCCUAAUUCCGCAUUAUUAAAUACCGCAUAUACAACGUCAUGUUGUUCCGUGAUUCAUGAUCGUAUGGACACUCUCUUCCAAAGUUUUUGGGAAUUGGAGGAGAUAUCCGCGCCGCCCGCUCAGAGUGCCGAUGAUCUCGAGUGUGAACAUUAUUUUCGCGCCACCACUACUCGUGAUGAUAGUGGUAGAUAUAUCGUAUCCCUGCCGUUUCGAGAGGACGUGUUCUCCUUAGGCGACUCUUUCGCUGCCGCACAUAGACGUUAUUUAUGUCUAGAACGUAAGUUGGAAGCGUCACCUCAUUUUCGUUUUUCUUAUAACGAAGUAAUUCGCGCAUAUAUUGAUAAGGGCUAUUUAAGUCCAGUUAAAUCGCAUCAAGACAAUUCACUUAUACCCUCGUACUACAUUCCACAUCACGGAGUGCUACGAGAGGAUAAGGUCACCACUAAAUUGCGCGUGGUUUUAGAUGCCAGUUGUAAAACGACAUCUGGUCGUUCGUUAAAUGAUAUAUUGCAUAGUGGUACCAACCUACAGGUUUGUAUUUCCGCCGACUGUUUUCAAAUGUUUCAUCAAAUAGUUGUACGCGAACCCGAUCGUAGGUUUCAGCGAAUUUUGUACCGCUUCAGCACCGAUGAUCCUGUGACUGAAUAUGAAUUUAAUCGUGUAUGCUUCGGACUGAGGUCGAGUCCAUUUCUCGCGCUCCGCGUUGUUCAACAACUAGUUGAAGAUGAAGGGGAUAAAUUCCCUGCUGCUGCCGCUGUUGCUUCGUCUGCACUAUAUAUGGAUGAUAUCGUAUCUUCUGUUAUGACAGAUGAACAGGCUAUUACCAUUAGCAACGAACUUAUUGCACUUUUUAAAAUGGCACAGUUUGAUCUCGUAAAGUGGACGAGCAGCUCCCGCGACGUGCUUGCUCACAUCCCGGAUACACACAAAACCCUCAGUGACAAAUCAUUCGAUAAUUCCACCCCGCACAAGAUCUUAGGUCUAUUUUGGGAUAACUCUAAUGAUUCUUUUAAGUUCAAGGUAAUCACGCCAGACGCUAUAUGUACUAAGCGCGCUAUUCUCUCCGCUGUUGCCCGUUUAUGGGACAUUUUAGGUUUCGUGGCUCCCGCUAUUUUGUACGCCAAGCUCCUUAUUAAGGAACUCUGGUUGUUGAAAUGUGAUUGGGAUGCUCAACCCCCGCAUCAUAUCAUCGCAGCCUGGAGACAGUUCUGUUUAGAACUGCCCUCGCUUAAUAGGCUUCGCAUACCGCGACACCUAGGUGUGGUUGAGGAUUGUCAAUUGAAUAUUUUAGGAUUUGCUGACGCUAGUGAACGUGCUUAUGGCGGUGUAGUCUACCUACACAUUCAGGUUGAUAGUAAAUAUUUUGUUCAAUUAUUAUGCGCCAAGUCAAAGGUCUCGCCUGUAAAAAUUGUAUCCAUCGCGAGAUUAGAAUUGUGCGCAGCCGUAUUACUCGCAAAACUACUUCGUAAGGUUGUUGAUACUAUCGCACCACGGUAUCCUGUGAAUAAUAUAUACGCCUUUAGUGAUUCAAAAGUGGCUCUUUGUUGGAUCCACUCUUCUCCGCACCGCUGGCAAACUUUCGUUGCCAAUCGGGUAGUACAAAUUAUCGAUAACGUCCCGGCAGACUGUUUCUAUCACGUUGCUGGUUCCGAUAAUCCUGCAGACUGCCUGUCUCGUGGACUCACACCAGACAAGCUAGUAAACCAUCCGCUAUGGUACACCGGACCUUCAUGGGUAUUAAGUAACCCGGCCGAGUGGCCACUUGCUGUUAAUCACGACUUAUCGAAUGAAGACAUUCCCGAACAACGGACUGUUAUACACACAUUAAUUUCAAAUACCUCUGAAUCAUUACUUUACGCGCUAUCUCAACGCCUUUCUGUGAUAGGAUCACAAAUUCUCUCUUAUGAGGAACUUAUAACAGUGCUUUCUCAGGUUGAGGCACUUAUUAAUUCGCGUCCACUCACAGCUAGAAGUAGUGACCCCGCUGAGCCGUCUGCUCUUACGCCGGCUCAUUUUUUAAAUACUGUCCCUCUUUCAUCCAUUCCUGCGCCAGAAGCCAACACGCACGAUUUAAAUCAACGCCAUUCCCUUCUGGAUAGCAUUGUACAGUCUUUCUGGCGCCGGUGGCGAAUGGAGUAUCUGCAUCAAUUGCAGACACGCGCUAAAUGGAAUCUUCCACCAGUUCCCAUUAAGGAGGGUACUGUUGUAAUUUUAGUAAUAGAUAACGCACCGCCCUUUUCAUGGCCAUUAGCUGUCGUUGAAAAGGUACAUCCUUCCAAAGACGGAACUACGCGAGUGGUCACUGUUAGGACUUCAAAGGGUAGCUACCUUCGCCCGGUAGUUCGUUUGUGCCCAUUGCCGCAUCAAUAG